AUGUUGUCCAAGAGGCUUAUUACUGCUCUCACAAAUAGCGCGAAGGCGACCCAGAAUGCAGGAAUCGCUACGACUGCCCGAAGCAUGGCAGUUGGCGGUUCGGAAGUCUCAAAGAUCCUUGAAGAGCGUAUUCUGGGUCAAGAAAGCAGCAUCAAGCUCGAGGAAACUGGAAAGGUCCUCUCCAUCGGAGACGGUAUUGCUCGCGUCUAUGGCCUGAAGAACAUUCAGGCUGAAGAAAUGGUGGAGUUUGACUCAGGUAUCAAGGGAAUGGCACUUAACUUGGAGCCCGACAACGUAGGAGUUGUAGUAUUCGGUAACGAUAAGGUUAUUAGGGAAGGAGAUAUCGUAAAGCGUACCGGUGCUAUCGUCGACGUGCCUGUUGGAGAAGCUCUGCUCGGACGUGUUGUUGAUGCUCUUGGAACACCCAUUGACGGAAAGGGCCCGAUUGCUUGCAAGACUCGUUCUCGUGUUGAAGUGAAAGCUCCUGGCAUUAUCCCUCGACUUUCUGUCCGUGAACCUAUGCUUACUGGAGUGAAGGCUGUCGACUCACUUGUGCCUAUCGGUCGUGGACAGCGUGAGCUGAUCAUUGGAGAUCGUCAAACUGGAAAGACGGCUAUCGCCAUUGACACCAUCAUCAACCAGGCUCGUUUCAACGCUGGCACCGAUGAGAAGAAGAAGCUGUACUGUAUUUACGUCGCUAUCGGACAGAAACGAUCCACCGUAGCCCAGAUUGUGAAGCGGCUUACCGACACUGGAGCAAUGAAAUAUACCAUCGUCGUCUCAGCGACAGCAUCAGAUGCCGCUCCAUUGCAGUUCUUGGCUCCAUACUCUGGAUGUGCCAUGGGAGAGUUUUUCCGUGAUAACGGAAAACACGCUCUGAUCAUCUACGAUGACUUGUCCAAGCAAGCUGUAGCCUACCGUCAGAUGUCUCUGCUUCUGCGUCGUCCUCCUGGCCGUGAAGCCUACCCUGGUGAUGUCUUUUACCUUCACUCCCGUCUACUCGAACGUGCCGCCAAAAUGAACGACUCUCUUGGUGGUGGAUCUCUGACUGCUCUUCCAGUCAUUGAGACACAAGCUGGUGAUGUAUCUGCUUAUAUUCCCACCAAUGUGAUUUCCAUUACUGAUGGACAGAUCUUCCUUGAGACCGAAUUGUUCUACAAGGGAGUUCGACCAGCUAUCAAUGUAGGUCUAUCUGUAUCUCGAGUAGGAUCCGCUGCACAGACCAAGGCCAUGAAGCAAGUCGCUGGUUCCAUGAAGCUCGAGCUGGCUCAAUAUCGUGAGGUAGCUGCUUUUGCUCAAUUCGGUUCCGAUCUUGAUGCAUCCACCCAACAGUUGUUGAACCGAGGAGUCCGUUUGACUGAAUUGCUGAAGCAGGGACAGUAUGUACCGAUGGCCAUUGAGGAGCAGGUUGCUGUCAUCUAUGCCGGAGUCAAAGGACACCUUGACAAGGUGGACCCAUCGUUGAUCACUAAAUUCGAGAAGGAAUUCCUCGCGCACAUUCGUUCAUCACAACAGGAGCUGCUGAAGACCAUUCACAACGAAGGCCAAAUUUCACCAGCCACCGAUGCUAAAUUGAAGGAGGUGGUCGUGAACUUCCUGGCUACGUUUAAAGCCUAG